GCCUCUCACUCGCGCUCUCCUCUGCUCCUUCUGCACUCUGAGAGCCUCUUGGCUCGUCCCCUCUCGGCGGUGGGAAGAACUUGUCUCUGCGGCCAUGCAUCUCCCCGUGAUUCUGUUCUGCGCUCUCUGGUCUGCGGUGUCGGCGGAGAACUCAGAUGAUUAUGAGCUCAUGUAUGUGAAUUUGGACAACGAAAUAGACAAUGGACUCCAUCCCACUGAGGACCCCACGCCGUGCGACUGCAGUCGUGAGAACUCCGAGUGGGACAAGCUCUUCGUCAUGCUGGAGAACUCGCAGAUGCGGGAGGGCAUGCUGCUGCAGGCCACCGACGACGUGAUCCGGGGCGAGCUGCAGAAGCUGCGGGCCGAGCUGGGCCGGCUGGCGGGCAGCCUGCAGAGGCCGUGCGCGCCGGAGGCCCCCGCCGAGGCCAAGCUGGCCCGGGCGCUGGACGAGCUGUUGCAGGCGAGCCAUGAUGCGGGCCGCCGGCUGGCUCGCCUGGAAGAGGCCGGGGCGCGGCGGCCGCAGGAGGAGGCGUGGCGGACCCUGGGCACCGUGCUGGAGGAGCUGCGGCGGACGCGGGCCGACCUCCGAGCUGUGCAAGGCUGGGCAGCCAGCCGCUGGCUGCCGGCAGGUUGUGAAACAGCCAUUUUAUUCCCCAUGCGUUCCAAGAAGAUUUUUGCAAGCGUGCAUCCGGUGACACCUAUGAAACUUGAGACUUUCAGUGCCUGCAUUUGGGUCAAAGCCACAGAAGUAUUAAACAAAACAGUCCUGUUUUCCUAUGGCACAAAGAGGAAUCCAUAUGAGAUCCAGCUGUACCUCAGCUAUCAGUCCAUAACGCUUGUGGUGGGUGGAGAGGAAAACAGACUGGUCGCUGAUGCUGUGAUUUCCCUAGGAACGUGGACCCAUCUGUGCGGCACCUGGAAUUCCAAGAAAGGGCACAUGACCUUGUGGGUGAACGGUGACUUGGUGGCCACCACUGUCGAUAUGGCCACGGGUCACGUGGUUCCUGAGGGAGGAAUCCUGCAGAUUGGGCAAGAAAAGAACGGGUGCUGCGUGGGUGGUGGCUUUGAUGAAGCAUUAGCCUUUUCUGGCAGACUCACAGGCUUCAAUAUCUGGGAUAGUGUUCUCAGCAACGAAGAGAUAAGAGGGGCCGGAGGGGCAGAGUCCUGUCACAUCCGGGGCAAUGUGGUUGGGUGGGGAGUCACAGAGAUUCAGCCCCACGGGGGAGCACAGUAUGUUUCUUAAGGGCUGUGAAACUCUACUUGAAGCCAAAGAAAUAAACUCGCAUUUUAAACAUAUGCCAGUUGGGAAGGUCUAAAAACCUGAAUGCAUAUUAAGAACACUUGAGACUAAUGAAGGAGAGGGUUGAGAUCAAUCUUUAUUUAUCUUGGCAAAAUACUGAGUAAACAGUUGAAAGGGAGACAUUGGAAAAGGCUUUUGGGGAUAUUGUCACUAGAUUUUAUGCCAUGGUGCUUUCAGAUUAAUGCUGUGUCUUUGUCAGAUAAACUCUCCAAUAAUUAAAAAGGAAUGUAUGAAUGAACAGAAGGACAAUUGUUUUACUUUUCUUUGGUUAAUUUCAUUUUGGCCAGAGAUGAAUUUUACAUUGGAAGAAUAACAAAAUAAAAUUUGUUGUCCAUUGUUCAUUGGUAUAUGCCUUAUUAUGAAAAAAUGAUGAUAAAACAUAUUUAUACUACAAUGUGACUUAACAAAUACACAUGUAGUUUAUGUGUUAUAAUCAAAUGUCAUUUUUUGAGGAGAUAGUUAUAUAAGUUAUAUUGUAAAAUGGUUUUGUAUUAAUUUUAUUAAGACUAUUUUUGUAAAGUUCUACUGUAAAUAAAAUAUUUUAUAAAACUA